AUGAAAGAAGCAUCCGUCCUCCUGAUGCUCAUCGCCUUCCAAGUGGUGGCGCUAUCUGCAACCUCUUCCGGAGUCUCCAUAGCGUUGCCAGGGUGUCCUGACAAGUGUGGCAAUGUGCCAAUCCCCUACCCAUUUGGCAUCGGCAAUGGCUGCGCCGCAGCUAGCUUGAACAGCUACUUCACCGUCACCUGUAACAGCACCUUCCAACCCCCACGACCAAUGAUUGGUGGCCCUUCGGGGUUAUCAGAGAUCAUUGACAUCUCCCUGGAGCGUGCUGAGAUGCGUGUUUACGGCCCCGUCAGCUACAACUGCUUCGCGUCGAACACCACAAUCGUGGACAACUACACCAGCGGCUUCAACUUGGUGGGUACGCCGUUCAUCCCCUCGACCAACCGCAACCGCUUCAUGGUCAUCGGCUGCAACACCAUGGGUAUCAUUGGUGGCUACUUGCACAGCAACCCAGACCUGUACGUGGCAGGCUGCUACUCCUACUGCCAGGGCAUCAACAGCACGUCCAACGGUGCCCCAUGCACUGGGAAGGGCUGCUGCGAAACCACCAUCACCCCAAACCUCACCGACUUUGCGGCGCUCUUGAUCAUCAACCAGAGCAGUGUAUGGACAUUCAACCCAUGCUUCUACGCUAUGCUUGCAGAGGUUGGAUGGUACAGCUUCAGGCAGCAGGACCUUGUCGGGCGUCUUGGGUUCAUCAACGAGAGAGCCAAGAGAGGUGUCCCUGUUAUUGCUGACUGGGCCAUCAGAAAUGGCUCCUGCCCAAAGAAUGGAGCAACGGCGCCAAUGGGUUAUGCAUGUGUCAGUUCAAACAGCUAUUGUGUGGGCGCAACCAAUGGCCCAGGGUACAUGUGCAACUGUUCUGAAGGAUACGAGGGCAAUCCUUAUCUCCCCAGAGGCUGUCAAGACAUAGACGAGUGUAAGCUGCAUAAGCAAAACUCCAAGUAUACAGAAUUAUAUCCAUGCAGAAAUGGGGUAUGUCGCAACAUACCAGGAGGUUAUGUAUGCAAAUGCGGGAUAGGAAAAAAAUCAGAUGGCAAAAAUUCUGGAUGUCGACCUGUGCUAACUCAAGCUGAACAGGUGGUUAUAGGUAAGCAUCAUACCGGAGAGUAUUCUCUUUGUUUAUCUAAGGUGCAUUUACAUGCUUUUGAUGAGUUAAAGCAUCUCAACAAUCAUUCUGCAGGCCUCAGUGUUUCCUCAGUUAUGGUGAUAGCAUUAGCAUGCCUGUUGGCUAUGAAAUGGCAAAGAAGAAAGCACAGGAAGGAGAAGGAUGAGUAUUUUAAACAAAAUGGAGGACUGAAGUUAUAUGAUGAGAUGAGAUCAAGGCAAGUGGACACCUUUCAUAUACUUACAGAGAAAGAGGUCAAGAAAGCCACAGAAAACUACAGCAACGAUCGAGUUCUUGGCUGUGGGGGUCAUGGAAUGGUUUAUAGAGGAACUUUACAUGAUGACAAAGAAGUUGCCAUAAAGAAGUCCAAAGUAAUCAACGACGACUGCAGAGAAGAAUUUGUAAAUGAGAUAAUAAUAUUGUCACAGAUUAACCAUAGGAACAUCGUGAGGUUACUCGGUUGCUGCUUGGAGGUAGAUGUGCCGAUGUUGGUGUAUGAGUUCAUAUCGAAUGGUACCCUCUUUGAGUUCCUUCACAGCAAUGAUCGUAAAUCAAUAAUCCCCUUGGAUCUUCGACUGAAGAUUGCUACACAAUCAGCAGAGGCCCUUGCUUACAUCCAUUCAUCAACUUCUCGCACAAUUCUGCAUGGGGAUGUCAAAUCACUCAAUAUACUUUUGGAUGAUGAAUACAAUGCAAAGGUUGCAGAUUUUGGAGCAUCAGCCCUGAAGCCCAUAGAUAAAGAUGAUUUCAUCAUGUUUAUCCAAGGAACUCUUGGGUACCUUGACCCUGAGUCUUUUGUCAGUCAUCACCUUACUGACAGAAGUGAUGUCUACAGUUUUGGGGUUGUUCUUCUAGAGUUAGUAACAAGAAAGAAGGCUAUAUUCAUUGAUAAUCUUAAUGAACAGAAAGCGCUAUCGCAUGCCUUCAUUGUGACAUUUCACCAGAAGAAGCUCUGCGAUAUAUUUGAUGAUGAUAUAAUAGAAGAUGAAGUUACGGUGGUGCUCGAGAAACUAGCUGAACUCAUCAUGCAUUGUUUGAACCCAAGAGGAGAUGAGAGGCCAACAAUGAAGGAAGUAGCAGAGCGUUUGCAAAUGUUGAGGAGAAUCCAGAUGCAGCAAGUCACCACACCAAAUCCUAUGAGGACGCAAUACCCUGAUGGAGAAUCAUCAAUGUCUAUAGCUUCUGAUGAAAUGAAAUACCAGAGCACGAACACAGCCAAAUUGGUCUUAGAUGUAGAUCCUGCAAGAUGA